AUGGAGGGGGCUGAGUCUCCUUUCCGCCGCGCCGGAAGUGACGUCACGCGGCCGCGCCGCGGAUCGCGGGCGGCGUGGGGCGCAGGCAUGACGCGGUCCCGGCGGCAGCUGGAGGCGGCCCGCAAGAAGCGCGGCCAGGCCCGUGGUGGGCUCAGGAAGGACCCGGGGGUGCCGCGGCUCGGCCGCCUCGCGCAGCGGCAGCAGCGGAGCCGGAGCCGGGCGGGGGAGCUGCAGCAGCGCUCACAUCUGGCCGCACAGCUGGAGGAGGCUCUGCAGCGACAGCAGCGCUUCCAGAGCCAGGAGCCCCCCCAGCCCCCCCAGGACGAGGCGUCGCUGCGCCACUUCGGGCGGGAGCUGCGCAAGGUGCUGGCGGCGUCCGACGUGGUGCUGGAGGUGCUGGAUGCCCGCGACCCCCAGGGCUGCCGCAGCCCCCGGCUGGAGGCGGCCCUGCGGCCGCAGCAGCGCCUCGUGCUCGUCCUCAACAAGAUCGACCUGGUGCCGCGGGACGUGGUGGCCGCGUGGCUGAAGCACCUGCGGGCCGAGUUCCCCACCGUGGCCUUCAAGGCGUGCACGCAGCAGCAGAGCCGGAAUCUGAAGCAGGUCCGGGUGCCGGUGGCCACGGCCCCCGAGGAGGUGCUGGCCACGGGGGCCUGCGUGGGGGCCGAGAGCCUCCUGAACAUCCUGAGCAACUACGGCCGCUGCGGGGAGGGCAGGAGCUGCAUCACCGUGGGGGUCGUGGGGUACCCCAACGUGGGCAAGAGCAGCCUCAUCAACAGCCUCAAGCGCAGCCGCGCCUGCGGGGUGGGGGCCGUGCCCGGGGUCACCAGGUGCCUGCAGGCCGUGCAGCUGGACCGGCACAUUCGGCUCCUGGACUGUCCGGGGGUGGUGCUGGAUUUGGGGGACCCCUCGGCCGCCGCGCCCCUGCGGGGGGCCCUGGCCCCCCAGCGCCUGCGGGACCCCCUGAGCCCCGCCUGCGCCGUCCUGCGCCGCUGCCCCGCCCAGCAGCUGAGCGAGGUUUACGGGGUGCCCCCCUGCAGUGACCCCCUGCAGUUCCUGGCCCACCUGGCCCGGCGGCAGGGCCGGCUGCGGCCCGGGGGGCUGCCGGACCCCCGCGCCGCCGCCGUGGCCCUGCUGCGCGACUGGACCAGCGGGAAGAUCUCCUACUACACCCACCCCCCCAAAUCCCAGGGGGUGCAGCUCCAAGCCCAAAUCCUGCCGGCGCUGGGGCCGGCGCUGGACCUGGAGGCUCUGGAGCGGGGCGAUGCCGAGGCCCUGGCAGCGGUCCCGGUGACGGUGACGGGGCUGGAGGAGGAGCAGGGCCCAGGAGAGGCCAUGGAGGACGACAGCGCUGACCUGGAGCUCGGCAGGAUGACGGUGGAGCUGAAGCCCCCCCGGGUGAAGUCGGGGGGCGCCGGGGGGGAGCCGCUGCCCCGAGCCCCCGGCCUGGAGGGGGUGGCUGCGCUGCCCCCCCUGUUCCAGGGCCAGGGGCUGCGGGCGGCUGCGAAAAGGAGGAAAAAGCUGCAAAAAAGAGCAGGGAAAAUCGGCGCGAAGCUGUCGCAGGCGCUGGAGGCGGCCAUGCAGUUCUGAGGCAAAUUAAGUAAAAUUAAAUAUAUUUUAAAAAAUGCU